AUGAUCCAAUCACGGUCCUCAUGUACUCACAAACUCGUCAGCAAAAUGGAGACAGCGCCACAGGUAAAUAUGAUCUCCUUUUACCGACACGCACGCAAUGAAAUACCCGUUAUCAAUUUACCUACAGCUGCAGUCAAUGCAGAUUUGGGCAUAAAGGAGGUCGUUUUGUCGUCCAUGCAGGAGAGCCCAUUUCAAACUGGUUGUUGUCAGAACAGGUCAAACAAGCCAGAAUGGCACUAA